AUGCUCUCCUCAAAAGUGUUUCUCAAAAUGCAACGUCUCGCGUUGCGCCCGAUGGCCUAUAGCACCACUUGCAACCCGAAAAAUGAGGUUUUCUUGGAGAGAUUGAGUGGAAAAGAUGAAGGCAUCACAAUUAUCAAUAUGAACCGCCCGGAGAAGAAAAAUUCGUUGGGAAAAGUUUUUAUGGCUCAGUUCAAAGAGGUGCUCGACGAGGUGAAAUACGAUCCAAAGACCCGUGUCGUCAUUUUGAACUCGAAAUGCGAAAAUGUGUUCUGCAGUGGAGCGGAUUUGAAGGAGAGGAAGACGAUGACACAGGCGGAGGCGACUAGAUUUGUCAAUGGGUUGAGAGACUCGUUUACGGAGAUCGAGCGUCUCCCACAGCCGGUGAUUGCGUCGAUUGAUGGAUUCGCGUUGGGCGGAGGACUCGAAUUGGCUCUCGCUUGUGAUAUUCGUGUCGCUUGUGCGUAA